AUGAUUAGAACUGUAAAGCCAAAAAAUGCUAGAGCAAAACGUGCUUUAGAGAAGAAAGAAGCGAAAUUGGUGGAAGAUGUUAAACAAGCGUUAUUUGUUCCAGGUAAAACCUCAAAUAAGUUCUUACAUGAUGUUAUGGUUGAUUUGAGCGCUUUAAAAAAGCCAGCUAUUAAAAGAUUUUCGAGAAAGAAUGACAUUAGGCCUUUUGAAGAUACAGAAUCUAUUGAGUUUUUGAGUGAGAAGAAUGAUAGUUCACUGGUAGUAGUGAGCACUAACUCGAAGAAGAGAAAAAACAACUUAACUUUUAUUCGUACAUUCGGUUACAAAGUUUAUGAUAUGAUUGAACUCCAAAUUGCGGAGAAUGCUAAGUUAUUAUCCGAUUUCCGGAAGCAGACAUUUAAUGUUGGCUUAAAGCCUAUGUUCUCCUUCCAGGGCGCUGCUUUUGACUCUCAUCCCGUGUACAAGAGCAUUAAGUCUCUUUUCUUGGACUUCUUCCGCGGCCAAACCAGCUCUCUUCAAGAUGUUGCAGGUUUGCAGCACGUAAUUUCGUUGACUAUUCAAGGAGACUUCCAAGAUGGAGAACCGUUACCUAAUUUGUUGUUCCGCGUAUACAAACUAAAAACCUACAAAAGUUCCCAGGGCGGUAGUCGUUUGCCUCGUGUUGAGCUAGAGGAGAUCGGGCCUCGCCUGGACUUUAAGAUUGGCAGAAUUCACACGCCUUCUCCAGAGAUGGUCAAGGAGGCGCAUAAGAAGGCCAAAAAUAUAGAGGUUAAGACGCCUAAGAAUGUUGAGAUUGACGGAAUGGGUGACAAGACCGGUACAAUCCAUCUUGGCAGACAAGACCUUGGUCAACUCCAAACUAGAAAGAUGAAGGGGUUGAAAUCUAAGUACGAUCAGAUCGAUGCAGAAGUUGAAUCAUACAUGGAAAACGACGAGGAACUUCUAAACGACGACAGCUACGGAGAGGACUUUGUAACUGCUUCGGAGAUUGAACCGCCAACGAAGAAGCAUAAAGCAUAG